UAAAGAGAUACCACGAACAGAAACUCGUCCACCAAAAUCCUGUCGAUAACAAAAUUUCCGGCAGACGAUAAAAAUAUUUCUAUUAGCGUGCUUUACGAGAGUUCAAGUACAAAGUUAAAACUAGUCAUAGUAUAUAGUAUUAUUUCAACUUAAAAUCUAGUCCACCAACAAAAUGGCAUACCCAAUAGCGCCAACAGUGAAUCCAGCCAACCCCUUCAACCCAGAAGAUGCCGCUGCGAAGUUGAGAAAGGCCAUGAAAGGUUUAGGUACUGAUGAAGCAGCUAUUAUAGACGUAGUAGCCCAUCAUUCCAAUCAACAGAGAAUACAGAUCGAGAAACAGUAUAAAACAAGUUAUGGCAAGGAUUUACGUGAUGACCUGAAAUCUGAAAUAAGUGGUCGAUUUGAAGAUGGAGUUCUGGCUCUAUUUGAUCCUCCAAGGGUGUUUGAUGCUAAAGAACUUAAAAGAGCUAUAAAAGGAGCUGGUACUGAUGAAUCAGCUUUGAUAGAAAUCCUCUGUUCUAGAAGUAAUGCUGAAAUCACGGAGAUUAAACAACAAUAUAAAACAUUAUUUAAAUCCGACCUGGAGAAAGAUGUACAAUCAGAUACAAGUGGUCAUUUUAAAAGAUUGCUGGUAUCUCAAUGUGCUGCUAAUAGAGGUGAAGGUCCUCCUGAUCCAGCUCAAGCUCAGCAAGAUGCUCAAGCUUUGCUGAAGGCUGGAGAGAAGAAACUUGGUACAGAUGAAGCAGAGUUUAAUCGUAUUCUAUGUGCUAGAAGUUAUGCCCAAUUGAAUGAAAUAUUUAGAGCAUACCAAGCUCUCGCAGGUAAACCAUUUGAAAAGUCAAUCAAGAGUGAAACAAGUGGUUAUUUAGAAGAUGGUUAUUUGGCUAUAGUCAAGCUGGCAACCAAUACUCCAGCAUAUUUCGCUGAGAGACUAUAUCACAGUAUGAAAGGUGCUGGUACUAAAGACAUAGCUUUGAUUAGAAUGGUUGUGUCCAGAUGCGAGAUUGAUAUGCAGUUUAUUAAAGAUGAAUUCCAGAAAAUGUAUUCCAAGACUUUAGGCAGCUUCAUCAAGGGUGAUUGUAGUGGUGAUUACAAGAAAUUACUCUUGGCACUGAUUGGUGAAAGUUAAUCACAUGAUCAUCCAAUAUGGCGUCACAUCAUGAAAGUCAACAAUAACCACUUGGGAUUUUAUUAUACAUUAUAUAUUUUCAAUUCUGCCCCACAAUGUCGUCAAUUUCAAUUUAUAGUCAUUAAGUUAUUGCUUACCCUCUUUAAAAUAGUCAAAAUACCGCAAAUAAGAAACACUCAUAAUAGAGGGAACACGAUUUAACGUCAAUACUUUCUUGCCUUGAAACGUAGGCUACCGUAGGUAACUACAGCUAGACAAAGGCGGUAGUUUGAUUUCCCCACAAAAUAAAUUCAACGAUUCCACCAUGACCGUUUACCAAUAUGUAAAUAGCUGGACAUGAGAUCCCUUCGAUGUCACAUGUUACGGUAUGACCUUUUUAGUGGCAAAUAUUAUCCGGUUUGCACAAGUGUGCGAUUGCAGAAAAGUGUCUUAGCGCUUUAUGCAAUAACCAAUAUACACUCAGGUGUGAAAAAGCAUAUUCUGGAAUUCCAUUUUUGUAAGGUGACUUUCUCAUUUUUUGAUUAUGUUUUUAAAUUUGUACAUUAUUGAUAUAUUAUUAUAUUGUUUAUGAAUAAUACUAUACAGAAUAAAAAAGAAAUAAUGUAUAUAUUGUUA